AUGUCGCUACUCAAGGUCAUCUUCUUGCUUGUCUCGUUGUCGCUGUUGGGGUUCGGGCAAGCUAAAUUACCUUCAUUCAUACAUAAGGGUCCACUCAUUCCUCCUUCUAUCGAGGAAACAAUCGAGAAAAGAGAUUCAGUUCCUGCAGGAUAUGUCGCUGCUCCAUACUACCCCACGCCGAAAGGUGGUUGGGAUAGUUCAUGGACGGCGUCCUAUGCAAAGGCACAAACCGUUGUGGCGCAAAUGACUUUAGCUGAAAAGGUCAAUCUUACUACUGGAGUUGGAGAGCUAAUGUACAGAUGUGUUGGAAACACAGGCUCUGCACUAAGAUUCGGCAUUCCUAGUCUCUGUCUACAAGACUCGGCACUUGGCGUAGCUGCGACCGACAACAAUACAGCUUUUCCCGCCGGUAUUACCACAGGUGCCACUUGGAACAAAGCUUUAGCGUAUGAAAGGGGUCUUGCGCUAGGUGCAGAAGCACGAGGAAAGGGGGUUAACAUUAUUCUGGGUCCUACGGUUGCUCCGACUGGAAGAAAACCACGUGGUGGUCGAAAUUGGGAAGGGUUUGGCGCUGAUCCUGUGCUUCAAGCAGUGGGAGGCGCCCAAACAAUCAAUGGAAUUCAAGCGAAUGGUGUCAUCGCUACGAUCAAACACUUCAUUGGAAAUGAACAGGAAGCAUUUCGCAUGGAUAUCAUCCCUCAUGGUUUGAUGAAAGCCCUUAGCAGUAAUAUCGAUGAUAGAACUCUUCAUGAGCUUUAUAUGUGGCCCUUCGCGGAAGGUAUUAAAGCUGGCGUCGGAGCUGUUAUGACAAGUUAUAAUGAGGUCAAUGGGAGUGCGGCAAGUCAGAAUUCAUACCUAAUCAAUAAUUUGCUUAAAGACGAACUUGGGUUCCAAGGCCUGGUUAUGUCAGAUUGGCUAUCACAAAUUGGCGGUGUAUCGUCUGCUCUAGCUGGUCUGGACAUGGCCAUGCCAGGGGAUGCACAAAUUCCGUUUCUUGGCGAAGCAUAUUGGGCCUAUGAGCUUUCAACUGCGAUUUUGAAUGGAACAGUUCCAGUUGAUCGACUGAAUGACAUGGUUACACGAAUUGUGGCAACUUGGUACCAACUUGGGCAAGACAAGAGCUACCCAGCACCGAAUUUCUCUGCAAACACUUUAGACACUACGGGACCAUGUUACCCAGCAGCAUUAAUCUCUCCUACAUGCACAGUAAAUGAACAUGUAAAUGUCCAAGCCGAUCAUGCUGUCGUUUCUCGAAACAUCUCAAGAGAGGCAAUAACCCUAUUGAAGAAUGUCAACAAUACACUACCACUUUCAACCUCGGCUGCUUUGAAAGUGUUUGGUUCCGAUUCCGCAAAUAACCCUUCCGGGCCUAAUGCUUGCAACCAGAGGGGCUGUGAUACUGGCGUUCUUGGUAUGGGAUGGGGUUCCGGUACUGCUAACUACCCUUACCUUGACGCGCCCAUCGAUGCAAUUAAGCGAAAAGCUGCCAAUGUUUAUAGCUCAACCAGUGAUAGCUUUCCAUCCGGUCUGACUGCAUCGCCUGGAGAUAUUGCCAUCGUAUUUAUCAACAGUGAUUCUGGAGAGAAUUCCAUAACCGUGGAAGGGAACGAUGGAGAUCGUUCAUCCUCAGGGUUGUAUGCAUGGCACAACGGUGACGCACUUGUUGAGGCGGCUGCAGCAAAGUACUCCACCGUAGUGGUAGUUGUCCAUACAGUAGGACCGAUUCUUGUUGAGAACUGGAUAGACCUCCCUUCAGUAAAGGCGGUACUUGUUGCCCAUUUACCGGGCCAAGAAGCUGGGAAUUCAUUGACGGACAUUCUUUUCGGCGAUUACUCGCCUAGUGGCCAUUUACCUUACUCAAUUCCUGUCAAAGAAAGUGAUUACCCAGCCUCCGUUGGCCUUGUUGGAUUCGCGCUUGGCCAGGUUCAGGAUACUUUCUCUGAAGGUUUAUAUAUUGAUUAUAGAUACCUCAACAAGCAUGCCAUCAGCCCUCGUUUCCCAUUCGGGCACGGACUUUCCUACACCACAUUCUCUCGAACGGUCACUCUCACAGCCGGUAAAGCACUUACGUCGCUUCCUCCGGCUCGUCCAGCGAAAGGUUCAACGCCGACAUAUAGUACGGCUAUUCCUCCAGCUUCUGAAGUCGCAUACCCAGCAGGUUUCAAUGCCGUAUCACGAUAUCUCUACCCAUACCUCACAAAUCCCUCAAAUAUAACUCCAGGUGCAUUUGUCUAUCCUACUGGCUACACCAAUGUUUCCAAACCCGAUCCUCCAUCAGGUGGAUCACAGGGAGGAAACCCCGCGCUCUGGGACACCAUGUUCACCUUUUCCGUCACAGUUACCAACACCGGUCUCGUGGCUGGUAAAUCGGUCGUCCAGCUUUACGUCCAAUAUCCCUCCGAUUCUCCUUAUGAUACUCCCAUUAUCCAGCUUCGUGAUUUUGCUAAGACAGAUACAUUGGCACCGAAUGGAAAGCAGGUCGUAUCGCUUGCGAUUACCAGGAAGGAUCUCAGUGUUUGGGAUGUUACAAAACAGAACUGGGUGAUACCGGUUUCUACUAGUAAACCAUUCUUGUUCUGGGUGGGAGAUAGCUCGGGAAAUUUGACAUUAGCUUGUGAGAGUAUUAGUGGGGCAUGCAGUGCGGGUAGGACACCGCCUGUGGUUUAG